UUAUCUUGAAGCGUGUCCACACGUUGUUUGAAACGUGAUGAAACCCACGACUUCUGUAGGAUGGAGAACACUUUGUUAACUGACAGUUUUGCAAUAACAAAAAAACAAAAACAAAUAUAAACUAGAACAAGCGAAUGGUUGGCCACACGGAUGUACGCACUGACAUUUCAGUACAGGACCGUAUAUUUUCAAUUAUAUCAUGGAUAGGCUUAUGAUAUUUAUUAUAUUUGCAGUAUCUUUAGAGUCGUGCUAUUUACAAGAACAAGACAUAGCCUGCAAUGAUGGAGAUUUUUGCGAGUACAAGUGUCAGUGCAAUAAACCAUGUCAAGAUGAUUUGAAGUGUGCAGACGACGAUACAUGUAAACCUGGAUGGUUUGGUUACCGAUGUCAGUAUCAAGAUUUGGCUGUAUUUAAGGCAACACUUACUACCAACCCGUUAGGGAUGAAUAUUAGCUGGUUGACUGAUCAGAACGACUACACUUGUAAUACGGCAAAUGAUUUGAAAUCUGUAACUGUCACGUGGCCCGAAUUAAAAGCAAUUCCAUUAUCCUGGACAAGAGUGACUGUAAACGAACCACAAUCUCUGUCAAAAGUUGAGCUGCAGUUCACCAAAGAAGGAACAGCUGAGAAGUCCUUAUGUCUAAAUGAGACAUUCGCUGAAGUAAACAACAAAACUUUAGACAGGCGAUGUAAUGAUGAUGUCACGAUAACCUCUUUAACUUUAUCUGGGAAUCUGUCAUCUUUAUGUUCUUUUUAUAUCAGUGGAGAUAGAAACAUAGCGUACAAACAGAAUGCCUCGCAGUCUUCAAGCCUGAAAGUCUUUACAAGAAAAGACAGAGAAAAGGAUAUAGGAGAUGAUAGGGGAAAUGCUUACUUAGCUGUUGAUGGAGACACUAGAUCUAGCUACAUGAAAGGCAGCUGCACUCAUACCUACGAGGAGCCUUCGCCUAACUGGAAUCUAACUCUACAGAACGACUACGUUAUUAAACGGUUGAUUCUUUAUAACAGAGCUGAUUGCUGUCCAGAAAGAUUACAAGAAUUUAUUAUUAGUACGUAUGAUGUACAUGGAGCCAGGAUUGGAUUCUAUGAAGAUGGAAGCGGUGUAGAACUGAUCUAUUUUAUCAAUCUAAAUGGAAGCUUGAUGAAUGCAGUAGACUUUAUUUCCAUACAUCUUAUUGGACGAAGGAAAGUCCUCACCUUGUGUGAAGUGGAGGCAUACGGAGAGUGCCCAUCAGGUAAAUGGAGUUUACAGUGUAGUAAAGAAUGUCCUACCUCAUGUCCUAACGACUGUGAUAGAGACACUGGAAAGUGUAACACUGUCUGCGUUGGAUACAGUAACCCACCAAAGUGUGAUACAGUCUGCGCUAGUGGCAAGUGGGGAAUAAAUUGUCGCAAUACUUGCAAUAACAGAUGUUUUGAGGAUAAGUGUGAUGUUAAAACUGGAUUAUGUGACAAAGGAUGUAAUGGCUAUAGCGACCCACCUUACUGUGGCUAUGAAUGUGUUAGAGGUACUUACGGAAGAAACUGCUCAUUCAAUUGUUCAAGUCUAUGUGUUAACGGAGAAUGUGACCCUGUCAAAGGAGAUUGCGAUAAAUGCCCUCCUGGGUACGAGGGGCACGCUUGUGAUAUUAAAACGUUUAGUGUGGACCUGAACAGUUUUGGAAUAGGAUACGCAGCAGGUACUGGAGUUCUUGUUCUAGUCAUCAUGGCCUUGCUGCUUAAUAAGACUUUGGUUUUCCAUUGGAGCCCAAGGACAGAGUCUUUCGCUGUUCGAACGAAUCUUCAACUUGAAGAGUGUGCUAAUUAUGACCAUGUUCAUCAACCUGAUGAUGUAGACAAUGACUACGAGACGCCAUCAACGAACAAAUGCUAUAAGGAUGCUCUAGCCAAGUCUCAUUAUGAUUACAUUAAUGUAACUUAAGUUAUAACCUUAUUCAUUUUAUCACCAACCAAAUAGAAAACUACAAAAACUACAAUAUUGUCACAUUUUUAUUUUGUUACAUAAAGGGAUAGAGGAAAACACUCCGGAGUAGGUGUAAACUACAAAUACAGGCUGAUGAGCAAGAAUGCACACGAAUUAUUACGCAUCUUUUCCUAUCGAAAGCAUUGCAAUCGACUGAAUUGGUAAUCAUUUGAAACUGGAGUUCUCCUUUUUUAACUGGGUGUCAAAUUCAGCUUGUUCAGCUGAAUUGUGGUGUUCUAGUUCAAUGCACUUGUAUGCUGGUCAAGUGGUCUGAAAAGAGAGAGUGUGUGUAAAUGACCUGGUUAAUAUGUCACGAGUAGAUGACUAGACCCUUUAGGUGACCUUGAAAAAAUAUUUGUGUAAAAGGGGACAGAAAAAGAAAGAUGUUUAAAGAAAGAAAGAUAAAGGAAUUUUGAAUCAAAGAAAGUAAAGCUAAUAAUCGUUUUUAGUUGGUCAUUAAUCAUUGGUCAAUACUUUUUGAUUGUUAUUUUUUUUUCUUCAAUUUAUUUAAUAAUAAUAAGAUUCAUCAGUCCAUGUAUAUUAUACUAGCUGUACAACUAAUUUAUUUUAAUAUAAAUGUGUUUAUCGCUGGAUUACUUGUUAUAUACAAUGUUGUUUCUCAUAAUUAAAAAGAAGAUAAAUAUAUUC